AACAGCCCUCCAGCCUUAUGGGCAGCUGAUUAGUAGAGCCGCAAUGUUCUUCACAAUCAUCCAGAUGUUGAGCCCAAUUUUUGUUUUUAACAACAUGAGAAAGGCGAAGUCAACGUUGGGAAUGCCAUUUAUGAUGUUUUUAAUCAUUUUAAUUUUGCAAGUGAACACUUAAGAAUGUUUUAUGAUCGCAUUUAAUGAAAAUUCUUUUUCCUUCUUUAAUGUCAUGUCUAGAACGGCUUUAAGCGUUCGUUUUUCUCAACUUCUCAACGAUGAGGCGAUGCUCAAGACGAAUAUCGUAGGAUUCUCGAUAACAGUGAUUUACGUUUCGAUUUUCUUCCAUUUCGUGUCACCAGACGAGAAAUUCAACCAUCUCAUGAAAAUCCUUGUUGCUGCUGCGUUCAUUGGUCUCAUGAUAAUAUAUUCAAAGGUCGAAGAUCCCGAGAAGGUUCAGACACGCUUUGGCUUUGUCCUCACAGCAUUCAUCUAUAGUUUGAUGGUCAUGCCAGUCAUUGAAGUGAAAAAAGCUUUGUAUGAAAAAUGUACCCGUCACAUGCCGUUCCCAAUGAUUGUCAGUGGAACGUUAGUCGGCAGUUGCUGGUUUCUUCACGGGAUUAUUAUAAACAAUGGAAUUGUUAUUCUCCAAAACUCAACAAUGCUGGGACUUAAUCUUGUACAACUGUCGAUGUUUGUAAUAUAUCCAUCACAGCCCGCUUCUGACACAAAGAAGGAGAAAAGAAAGAAGAAAGCCGAAUAAUGCAAACGACCUUUGCCUUGUUCUCAAAUGGAGGUUUCAGAUUCUUUCAGAUAAACCUUAGCACUUUUGGUGUUGUUAUCCAUGCUGAAUGCCUGAAACGCAAAAUAAAUGCUCA